GUCCUAGGUUCAAAUUUGGAUUCAGACACUUCCCAGCUGUGUGACCCUGGGCAAGUCACUUAACCCCCAAAGCCUAGCCCUUACCACUUUUCUGCCUUGGAACCAAUACACAGUAUUGAUUCCAAGAGAAAGGUAAGGGUUAAAAAAAAAAAGAAUUUACUUUCUGGUACCCUAACAUGCCUUCACUUUCACUUAUUCUUUACAUAUCUUCCACUUAACUAGUUAUUUACAUAUCUCUUUCAUUAUAAUAUACAAGGUCAAACCAGGAGCCUUCACCCUUAAGCUAAGUAAACUGGGUUCAUUUAAUCUUUCUAGGCCACAAGUCUGGGGGCUUCUAGAUUCCAUGUUGACAGUAUCUCUAAUAAUUCUUCUUCCUCCUCACACCCUAGAGCUGUGUUUGCGAACCUAUAACACACAUGUCUGCACUGACACACCGAGCCAUUUUUGAUGAUACAAGGCUACAUGCAGGCACAUACAGAGAAGUAUGGGGCUGCAUGCUGAGAAGGGUGGUUUUUCUCUCGAAGUGACACCCCCCCCCCCGAGUUAUGCUCAGUUUUUUGGCGAAUUUUGACACACUACGCUCAAAAGAUUGCCCAUCAUUGCCCUAGAGUGAUAGCUAGAGACUCUGCUAUAGCUUAAGUCUUUUCUUUCCGGGGCCUGCUUCUACCAUCACGUCAAAUAGCAGGUGCCGUGACCACGCCCCCGCCACUCCCCUCAGCCCACCCACUCAGGUCCAUCAGAUCUAGGCUAUUCUCUCCACGACCUAUGAUGUCGAUGAUACUUUCUCCAGGAUCUUCCGCCACCAUUCCUUACUUCGAGAGCCCGGAGAUGUAAAGAGAAUGAUACCUAUAGAAAGAAACUGAGGCUGGGGCCUUCUUGUCCUUGCCUUAAGUCACCUCCGGAACAGAACAGUUACCCUUCCACCCUAACCCUUCCCUUCCCUUCCUCUCUAUGGAGUUUUUUCUUCCGGCUGGGUUCCGCUUUCUGAUUAGCCAGCGGAGCUACUUCCGGCUAUUCUCCCUCCUUCCCUCGCAGUUAUCGCGAUUAUGCAUCUUUUUCUUCACAUAAAUGAAGUUCUCUCCGUGCUGCGCUUUGUGACCGUGACAACAUGUGGCGACUCCCAGGGAUGCUGGGCCGAGCCCUACAGCACCUGCCUAGGCACAAUCUUCGUGGUGUGAUUCCUGGGGCUCCUAGCCAGGAUGAAUCUCAAGUCACUUGGUCACCACAGACCAUCCCAGUGCCCAACUAUAAAAGGUAUAAUUCCCAUAUCCUGGGUGUGGGCAGUGGCCCAAAGUACCAGGGGUGGAAAAAUGUCUUCAAGUGGAUCUCACGCCGCCUGUCCUGUCACAGAAUGUGGGAUGCCAUCUCCUGGGGAACCCUGACUGUUCUGGCCCUGCAGUUGACCAGGCAAAUCCAAUUUCAAGCAUCGUUACCUGGUUUCCAGAGACAAGAACAAUGCUCUUGGCAAAGCUACCUAGACCAGAUCCGUGCCUCCCCUUUGCUGUGCCAAGACUUAUGGUUGAGGACAAACAUUCUUCCUACAAAUACUCCUCCAGCCCCCUGCCCCACAUGCCUUGAGGAAGCCUCAGGAAAGCAGAAGGGACCUGACCCUCAGCCCGAGAGUCUUGCUUCCCAUAGCUCCAAGAGGACAGCUAGACUCAGGGGUUCUUGUGAACCAGAACCUGUUGGCAUUGCUUCCUUGGACACUACUGGAGCAGGCCAGCAUCAUACCACCAGAGAGAGACUGGUAUUGGAAAAGGAGAAAACAGAACCUCUUUCCUUAGAGGAAGCCAUGUUGUCUUUGCAGCAGCAAUUCCAGCUCAGUAUUUCCAUCGCCUUCAAUUUCCUGGGGACUGAAAAUAUGAGAAGUGGUGACUGUGAAACAGCAUACUCUUACUUCCAGAAGGCUGCAGACCAGGGCUAUAGUAAAGCUCAGUACAAUGUGGGCCUGUGUUACGAGCAUGGUAAAGGGACUCAGAAAGACCUCAGCAAGGCAAUUUUUUAUUACCAGCUUGCUGCCCAGAAGGGCCACCAAAUGGCUCAGUACCGCUAUGCCAGGUCUCUGCUGAGCGAUGAGGCCCCAAGGGAAGCUGAUAAGCAGAGAGCAGUGGCUGUGCUGAAGCAAGCAGCUGAUGCUGGCCUGAAAGAGGCUCAAGCUUAUCUGGGGGUGCUGUUAACCAAGGAACAGUUCCAGGAUGAGCGAAAAGCCGUGAAGUACCUUUGGCUUGCAGCCAGUAAUGGGGAUUCUCAGAGCAAGUUCCACAUGGGGAUUUGCUAUGAAAAGGGCUUUGGUGUCCAGAAGAACCUAGGGGAGGCCAUGAGAUAUUACCAGCAAUCAGCUGCACUAGGGAAUGAGCCAGCUCAGAGGAGACUGAGGAUGCUUUUCUCAGCAGAGCGAGAAGCUUUGGGGCACAAUAACCCAGCACUUAAAAGUUUGAGGUCCUUCUCUAGCCCUUCUGUCUGUACUCUGGAUACAGCCCUAAAUGGGGCUGCCCACCUUCCCCAUACUUGGAGCACAGGAAACCUUGGACUUCUUGACAGAAACAAUCAUCUGGGACCCAGCACUAGCACUUCUAGGGCGACAGAACCGGCAAGCCCACAUCCUUUUGAGAUGCAUCUGGUUAAACUAGGAUUUGGAUAAGAGGAUUUCCCAUCCGAGCUAUUCCCUGGACAUAUCUGCUUGGCCCCAUGAGGAUCAUUUCAGUCCCAAAUAUGGAAGCUGUAGGAAUCCCUCACUGACACUGAACAUGGCCUUGGGCCCAAAGGGUAUGGAGCUGCUCAAUUAGAUUCUUCUCUGAAGACCUUGAAGAAUCACUAUUUCUCUGUGGAAAAUGGAGAUUGAGUAUGAGUUCUGUGAACAAGAAAGCAUUGUUUUCCAUAGCCUCAUUUGGGACAUCACAUAAUAUUAAGCUCUCUUAAUAUUUAAUAAAAUAUGCUGAUUAAAACCAGAA